AUGCCAUCGCGCGACGUCUCGCCCAACCGCAAAGACUCUGGCAGCGCACCCAACUCGCCUACCAAAGAUGGCCUCGACAAAGUCGAACUCAGCGACCUGGACUCGAGUCCUCCGCCGCUCCCGAUCGAGUCCGACUUGAUGCAACUGGCACGACUGGGGGAGCUGCGAGCAAUACAAAAGUUAUUUGAUAGUGGGAGGUACAAUGCAAAGUCGACAGAUGAUCAAGGCAUCACAGCACUACAUUGGGCUGCCAUCAACGGCCACCACGCCCUCUGCCAUUUCCUUCUCCAGUCCGGCGCAGAUGUCAACGCCAAAGGCGGCGAUGCGCAAGCUACUCCAGUCCUUUGGGCGAGCAAGCGCUUCAACCUCCAAGUCGUGUCCCUUCUUCUCCAACACGGUGCCGAUCCUUUGAUAAAAGACGAUCAAGGCUACAAUCUUUUGCAUUCCGCAACGCUCGACGGCAAUGUAUACCAACUUAUGCUUCUGCUACACCAGCCAGACAUCCCUGUCGAUGUGACAGAUGCGCAAGGACAUACGGCGCUCAUGUGGGCAGCGUACAAAGGCUUCCCGGCAUGCAUAGCCAUCCUGCUACGAUUCGGCGCCGAUCUGCAUGCUGUGGAUGAUAUGGGCUUCACAGCACUACAUUGGGCGCUAGUCAAGGGUAGCUAUCCUUGCAUACAGAAACUGAUCGAACAUGGAGCGGACCGCUUUGCGCCUAGCAAACCCACUGAAGGGCAGACCGAAGGCGACACUCCUAGCAUGACUGCGUCGAAGAUGAAGAGUCAACGACAAUGGCACAAGGCGCUUCUGGAUUCUGGCUACGAUGAGAAUGGCACGCCCCUCCACUUUCCGCUGCCUAUGAUCCAGGACAAGCGAUGGUUUUUCAAUCGGUUCUUCUUCUUGUGGCCCUUCGUGCUGGGUGGUCUCCAGCUCCAUAUGUUGGCGUACAUGAUAGUCUGGAUAUCAGUACCCGCGGUGCUCAUAGUUGGCUACGCCCUGCAGUAUGGUGCGAAUAAGCUUCUACGUUGGGCGCCAAGCGACAUGAAGCACAUGCACAAGACCCCCUUCUUGGCAGGAAUCUUUGCUGGAACACUUUUCUGGGUGGGCGUGCGAUAUAUCUUUCGCAUACUGCCCGCGACAUUAUCGUCCAACUUCUUUCUCAACCUCUUCUUUGCGACUUGUUACGGCCUAUGUACCUACUUCUAUUUCAUGACCAUGACCGGAGACCCAGGCUUCAUCCCCAAAGGUGCCAGCCGAGGUCAAAUGAAGAAGACGAUCGACGACCUCGUAGAACAUAACGCGUUUAACGAGACGCACUUCUGUACAACUUGUAUGAUACGCAAGCCUUUACGAAGCAAGCAUUGCAGGCGUUGUGGGAGAUGCGUCGCCAGGGAGGACCAUCACUGUCCUUGGGUUGACAACUGUGUUGCUGUGAAUAACCACAAGCAAUUCUUGUUAUAUGUCACCUUCAUGAUCCUCGGCAUUGGACUACUGAUACGACUUACCAUUGCCUAUCUCGAAGUACUCCCGACACCAUUACCGGAAGACCUCAACUGCGCAGUCCUCAAGGAUGAGUACUGCGCCAUACUCUCGAAAGACCCUCUCACCAUCAUCACGAACGCAUGGGCCGCCCUACAGCUUACAUGGACCUUCAUGCUCCUCUUCGUGCACCUAUUCCAAGUCGCCAAGAACCUCACCACCUUCGAGUCUAUGCGACACACCGAUCAAGUCAACCCCCUCAUGUCCGCCAUCACCGCCGGCACUAUGAGUGUCGAUGGCGCCCAAAUCACAGAAGCCGGAGCUGGGCCCGACCCCGUCAAUGCACACGACCACAGCCACGGCCACAAGCACUCUCAUCAAAAGAAAGAAGGGUUCCUCACGAGAUGGUCAAAGAUCUUAGGCAUCGACACAUUCAUGGCAAUCGCGUUCCAGGGCUACAAGGGUAGCAAGGACGGCAAGAAAACGAAGUCACCGGCAAGGAAGACGAAUCCGUUCUCCCGAGGUGUCGUGCGGAAUUGCCAGGAUUUCUGGUUGGAUGGACCGGUCUUUGGGAGGAAGGAGAGCAAUAAGGGUUUGAUAGGUGGUCAAACUGUGGAUUACGCGAACCUAUAUGAGGUGCCGAAGGGAGGUAUGCAGUAUCGUGGUGGCUAUGAACAGGUUGCCACGGCGGAUGAUGAAGUGUAG